AUGGAUUCCAGUGCGCCCAACGGAGGCUUGUCGCCUCGGGCUUUUGCGAUGCAGCACCAGCGUCCUCGGGCCAGUUUCCAGGGAUGUUCACGAAUCUCCGACUACGAACUCCUCGGGAAGUUGGGUGAGGGUACUUUCGGGUUAGUCCUCUUCCAGACCUCACUUCCUGGUCGUGUUACUGAUGUGCUCCGCAGUGAAGUUCACCAUGCGAGAUCUCGCAAGACCAACGCUCAUGUCGCCGUCAAAAAGAUCAUCAUGCACCACGAAAAGGAUGGCUUCCCCAUCACGGCAUUGCGAGAAAUCAAACUUCUGAAACUGCUCUCUCACAAAAAUGUCCUGCAGCUGGUGGACAUGGCUGUGGAGCACCCUCAGAGAGCCAGCGACAAGCGCAAGCGCCCAAUUAUGUACAUGGCAACCCCGUACAUGGAUCACGAUUUGUCGGGCCUUCUCGACAACCCUUCCGUUCAUUUCACCGAACCGCAGAUCAAAUGUUACAUGCUGCAGCUCCUCGAGGGAUUGCGAUAUCUGCACGACCAACAUAUCCUACAUCGAGACAUGAAGGCUGCCAAUCUUCUCAUCAACAACAAAGGCAUCCUCCAGAUUGCCGAUUUCGGUCUGGCAAGACACUACGAAGGGCCCACGCCCAAGCCUGGACAUGGGGCAGGAGAGGGGAAAAGGGAAUACACCGGCCUUGUCGUCACUCGGUGGUACAGACCCCCGGAAUUGCUGCUUCACCUGAAAAGAUACACAACCGCUAUUGACGUUUGGGGUGUUGGCUGUGUCUUUGGCGAAAUGCUUGUUGGAAAGCCGAUUCUAGCUGGUGAGAGCGAUACACACCAGCUCGACAUAAUUUGGGAUCUGAUGGGGUCGCCCACGCCGGAAAACAUGCCCCUUUUCAACACUCUUCCUGGUGCUGAAGCAGUGACCCCACGCCCUCGGCCUGGUAGCAUUACCAACAAGUUCAGAGAGUACGGAACCGGAGCAGUCUCUUUGCUUAAGGAGCUUCUCAGACUCGACUGGAAAAGUCGCAUAAACGCCGCCGAUGCGCUCAACCAUCCAUACUUCAAAAUGGCUCCCAUGCCAGCUGAACCUGGAGACCUACCCACCUUCGAGGACAGUCACGAACUAGACAGGCGAAAGUUCCACGAUCGUCAGGCAAAACUCCCACCAGCGCCCAAGGGAGGCACGGUGGGCAUGGGCCCCGAGGCGCACGGCGCGAAUGCCGGUUUCAACAAUACCGAUGCUUACAGCAACCGCAAUGGCGUAAACGGUCGGAAUGCCAAUGUACCCGGAGGUCACAGGAACGGCGGCGAUGAACGCCGACCAGCUUGGCAGCGCGACAACAGAGGCUUACCUCCGCGACCGCCCCCACCCGAGUAUGCUAACGGCGGCCCUAUGCCACCCCGCGAUGACUACCGGGACAGAGACAGAGAUAGGAGGCCGAGAAGUCGAGGAGGAAGAGGUCCUGACGUAGACACGUAUAUCCCGAGCUACAGAGACGAUGUUCCUCCACGACAUAGAGACGACCGGCCUCCUCGCGACCGACGCCGCAAUAGUAGAGAUGAGCGAUGGCACGAGCGAGACUGGGAUCGCCGGACGCGCAGCCGUAGCCGCUCUCCCAUGCGGGAACGGGAGGCGUACCGCAGAUGA